GUGAAGAGAGUCCAAUGUUGAGUGUCAGAUCGUCUGUGUAAACUCAAGAAUUAAUCGGUUAAUUAGUGUAAUCUGUUUACCUCCGAGUGUUUUUGACAGAUAAUUGAGGUCAGGAUGAUGAAUAGAGAUCAGUGAAAAUUCCCAUCCACCACCGUACCUGCGCACAGUUAACGGUAUACGUGUUAUUGCGAGCCACUGGGGCUCGAUUGUUGUCUCGGGGGGAUCGUUUCAGAGCGCGAUCGCCAGUUGCCAAGGCGACUGUUCAAUUUUGUGUUAUGAAAAGUCAAUUAAAGGAACUCAAAUUAAAUUAUUCCACAAUCGAGGCGAGAGGCAUUCAAAAUGGACUUUUCCCUGUUGAAUCAGUACGAUGGAACCGUCGAGGCUGAGCCUGGAGACGAGGGGAACUUGAUCUGGGAGGAGCAGAGUUAUGAGCUGGGGGUCGAGGGGUUCAUCCCGGCGACUGAACAGUUUGGGGAGGAGUACGAUGGCGCGGAAUUCCAGGAGACCCACACCCUGCUGGCAGAUGGGGGUCAUCGGUUUGGAGUUUCUACUCUUGUUUUUGAUACUGUUGAGGAGCUCAUGUGGAUGGGAAACCAAGGGGGCCAUGUGACUUCGUACUAUGGCUCAGGACUGCAGAAAUACACAUCGUUUCAAGUACAUGCAACCCAGGAAGUUCGACACAUUCACCCUAUUGACGAGGGAAUAUUGUGUUUGACUCAGACUGCACUCAGGGGACAACUGCGUCGAGGAAUUCCAUUAUUCACUCAUACGUCUCCAAACAUGAUAGAUAUGCAGUGCAUGCUUCAAUUCGGAUCUCGCCUGCUGAUGGGAGGUCAUCAGGAGACAAUCGUCGACUUCGACCUGAGCAGAGGAAAAGAGACGAGUUACGUGCACGUUGGGGAGAACGGUUGUGCAAUCUUGAGACAGCAUGGCAAGUUCAUUUGUGCUGGAAACCCAGCAGGCAGGAUCGACCUGAGGGAUCCCAAUUCCCUGUCGAUUGAGCACACACUUGACACUCACAGUGGAUCACUCAGUGAUUUUGAUAUUCAGGGGAAUUAUCUAGUCACGUGUGGCUUCAGCAACAGUCGACAGGGCCUGUCAGCCGACAGGUUCUUGAUGGUUUACGAUUUGAGGCAGAUGAGAGCACUCACACCAGUUACAACCCUGGUUUAUCCAUUUCUAUUGAAAUUCCUGCCGAGCUACUCGAGUCGACUGGCAGUUGUGUCUCCCCUGGGGCAGAUGCAGCUCCUGGACACUAUUUAUGCUGAUGUCCAGCCGUCGUUGACCUGUCUCUACCAGGUUGCAACGGGAGGGGCUAUGGUGCUGUCGUUCGACGUAUCUCCAACAUCUAAAUGUCUUGGUUUUGGUGAUGCCGCUGGAUCCAUUCACCUGAUGGCCACCAAUGCGCCAGAUCCUCAGUUUAACACGUUUUCAAGGCCAACAGAGUUUGCGGAUCCAGUGGAAACCCUCGAGACGAUAUCAUUCGAUGACAAUCUCACACCUUUGAGCACAGUUCCCAUGAUGUACACUGGACACACGUUGGCCAGUGAUUGGCCGGAGGAGUUCCUGAAGAAGAUCUAUCGGAAAACCCCAGCAAUAGAUCCAGAAAUACUGAAGACGAUGAAGAUGCAGGGAACGAUCGGUUAUGCACCGAAUCCUCAGGCAUUUCGGAGAAACCAAGUACCUUAUAAUUUGGAAAAACGAAGGGGCUUGGUGACAAAAUUAUUUGCAGGUGAACCAAGACCCAAGACUGAGGAUGGCACUUUCAUUGCCAUUCCUAAACGUUAUCGUAGGAUUGAAGUUAAAUAUUCGAGAUUGGGGUAUGACGAAUUUGAUUUUGAUCAGUAUAAUCUGACGAGUUUCUCAGGGUUGGAGGCAACUUUGCCGAAUAGCUAUUGUAAUGCGAUGCUUCAGCUGAUGUAUUACUGUGAUCCUGUCAGAUCAGCCCUCCUAUCUCACUCAUGUCAGAAAGAGUUUUGCCUCUCCUGCGAGCUCGGUUAUCUCUUCCACAUGCUGGACACCUCCAGAGGUACCCCAUGUCAAGCUGCCAACUUCCUGCGUGCAUUCAGGACAGUUCCAGAAGCAGCUGCUCUAGGAUUAAUUCUCAGUGAUCUCCACCCCGAAGCCAGGAGGAAGACCAGCCUGAUCAGACUAGUUCAGAGCUGGAACAGGUUCAUCCUCCAUCAGCUCCAUUACGAAAUCUGGGAAACACGAAAACGUCAGUUGGAAGAGGAAGAAGCUGCGCGUUCCAAAUCAGGCCCCAAGUAUCCACCAUUCGUGUACAACGAGCAGGAUUUUCCCAGUAUCCUUCAAGACCUUGGGUCACGAUACAAAAGCCAUGAUCUAGAUAAGAAGAAGAAAAAGAAACAAGAGGAGGACGGUAAAUAUAUGUGGAUCGCGGCGAAAGAAAACACAAACAAAAAAACAGACGAAAACGAAGUACGUGAAGAGGAAACUGAGAUAAGUAGAAUGUUCGGAGCUGAGCAGAUCCACAUUCACAGAUGCCUGAAGUGUGGACAAGAGGCGUCAAAGCACUCGAUAAUGCUCCUGAACAAUUUAAUCUACCCUGAAGUGACGAACCCCAACGAUGAGAUCCCCUUCACCAAGAUCCUCGCUCGAAGUUUAAAACCGGAGAAGGUGACACCUGCCUGGUGCGACGGCUGCCAGAAGUUCAGUCCAACACUCCAAAGCAGGAGAAUAACAAAACUCCCGAAAAUCCUGGCCCUCAACUGCGGCCUGGACACUCAACAGGAGAAAUCCUUCUGGCAGACCCAGAUGGACAUAAUCGUGCAGAAACUCAUGAACGGAAAGGACUCGAGUCCUUCCUCGAGCCCCAUCCCCAACAUGGUGAAGAUGUGUCGUUAUGGCACCAACUGCAUUCGCUCUGGCUGCAGAUUCAGGCACGUGGGGAAGGACUCUGAGCCCCAGCCCUCGCCGUCAGGGCCUUCGUCGACUCCAGUGCAGAUAGCAGCCCCUCCGAGCCAUCUGUACUACUCUCACUCCUGGAUUCCCCACUGCAUUGAAGUCUCCCUGGACGCGAAUGGGGAGUUGUCAGUUGGAAAGCUGGACAAGAUAAACCGAGAGGUUGUCAACAGCAAGCCAUUAAUCGUGGAGAAUGGCCAGGGGAAACUGUUGACAAAUGACGUCGAGAGAUCGUCGACCAGUGAGGACAGGCCCCCUGAAGAGAACUCCAGUCCAAAAGAGGGGGGAAGCGAUGACCCCAAGGUCGAGAAGAUUCAGUACACGUUGACAGGAGUCGUUUGCUAUGUGGAUGACAAGACGAGUGAGGAGAGACGUCACGUGGUGGCUCUGAUAAGGGUGGGGCCUAAUUACCACGAGAGGUCCACUGGGAGUGCUGUUGCCCAGUGGUAUCUCUUCAAUGACUUCAACAUAUCUGCGGUCACCCCCCAGGAAGCUGUCUGGUUCAAUCUAGAUUGGAAGGUGCCCUGUGUCCUGCAUUACACUGCUGUUCCAGCACCUGAGCCCGCAGCCCUCGUCAGCCCUCUCACUUCGGAUGUCUUCGGGGAAGACAAGUGCGUGGCCAGGAGUGGAGGCACCAGGGGCAUCACUUUUACUCCUCUAACUUCGGAUGAAAUGCCGAAGAAGGGGGAUCUCGUGGGGAUCGACGCUGAGUUCGUUACGUUGAAUCAGAAGGAGUCGGAGUUGAGGAGUGAUGGGAAGAUGUCGACCAUCAAACCGAGUCACAUGUCUGUGGCGAGGAUCACUUGUAUCAGGGGGCAGGGCCCACUGGAGGGCACUCCUUUCAUCGACGAUUAUAUCAGCACUCAGGAGCAGGUCGUGGAUUAUCUGACAAAAUUCAGUGGAAUCCAACCUGGGGAUCUCGACGCCAAUUUUAGUAGCAAACACUUGACGACCCUCAAGUCCACUUAUCAGAAGCUGAGGUUUCUCGUGGAUAAUGGGAUUAUUUUCGUGGGACAUGGACUUAAGAACGAUUUCAGAGUGAUAAACCUGGUAGUUCCAUCAGAACAAAUUAUAGAUACUGUGCUGUUGUUUCAUUUACCUCAUCGUCGUAUGGUGUCGUUACGAUUCUUGACGUGGCACUUUCUGGGUAAAAAAAUUCAGUCUGAAACUCAUGAUUCCACUGAGGAUGCUCGAGCUGCUCUGGAACUCUAUCACAAGUACAGGGAUUUGGAGGACAGUGGGAAAUUGAUGGAGGCACUCAAACAGUUGUACGAUGUAGGAAAUGAAUUGCAGUGGAAGGUUCCAGAGAGCUGAUCCAGGGAUGAAGAUCCUUUCGAAGGGGACCUGAAUACAGAAAUAGAAAAUUCCCACAUCUAAACUAUUCGUUCAUCUGUGUGACUUCAAUUAUUGAUCCACUAAAUCUCUCAAGGCAACUAUUUUACGGGUACAAUCGUCAUAAUAAUUUUUCAACUCCAUUUCUCAAUUUGUUUUGUGAUAUUCAGAGAUUAAUCUCUACCCAAUUUUUACGAUUCUUUAAUGUCUGAAGUUGAUGAGCCGUGGAGUGAGAAAAAUUGAGAAAAAUCAUUGUAGAUAAUUGUUUAUUGAUUCUCGAAUUUCAACUGCCCAAAGAAAUGCAAGACAAAAACCUUCAGGAUACGUAAAUUUGUAUUUUAAUUUUUGUAUGAUUACAAAUUAGUACGUUCCUUUUGCUUUUUAAUAUUUUUAUACGUAAUAUUCCAAAGAGAGAUUGUAAAUAUGCGUUCAACUCACACACGGCUGUAAUAACAAUCAUGAAUCUUACCUUACGUAAACUUGCAUGACUCAAGAGUGAUGAAUAUAUUUUUACCAAAACCUGAAUCAUCGUAAAAUUUGUAGACUAUUUUUGUAUGCGUUUUGAUGACAAAUAUAAACGAAACAAAAAUCAAA